GGAUUAUAUUCUGUUUUGUCUUGUUUCUCCUUGUGUUUUUUCCUUCUGUUUCUAGUGUUUGGUUUAGUCUAUGUCUCCCCCCUUGGUUUGUUUAGUUUUGGUUCAGUCGUGCCCAUAUUUGUACUUCCCCUCGUUAUCUCGUUUGUAACCACUCCCCUGUUUCCUAUGUAUAUAUAGUUCCUUGUGCCUCACUCCCCUGGUCGGUGAUUGUAUUGUUUCACAGAGUGUUUCGUUGUGGUUGCUGGUCUCUGCUGUUCUCCCUCGGUUCCUGUUCUUUUUGGAUUGUUUAAUAAACUUGCAAUUAUUGGAUUCCGCUCUCCUUCUGUUCAUUCUCGCACACGACGACAUACCCGUGACAGAAUCACCGACCCGAAGACACAACAUGGAUGCCGAGAGGAGGAUCAUGGGCAUUCGUCGGGGGAUGAGGCCGGUGGAACAAUAUGUGGAGGAAUUCUUGGAGGUUUGUCAUCUGGUGAGUUGGAGCGAUGCGAUGAUUAAUACGUGUUUUCUAAUGGGGCUAAAUAAUUCCCAGUUGCUCAGUUCCAUACCCUAUGAGGAUCGCUAUAAACCAGUUGCUGAAUUUAUCAACCAGGUCCUCUCCCUCAGUCAGUCCGAUUUUUACGUUGAUGUGAAAGAUUCCGAUCUUUCCCCCAUUAGAAAACAUGUUGCCGCUCCAGCCCACCAUCAGCCAGCUUCCUCCACAUGUCGUCCCGACCGGCCCGCUCCCUCUGGUCUUCCUGCGCUUCCUCCUGUUUGUUAUUCCUCCUCUCUCAUCGUCAGUCCGGAGAUCGCGGCCAGCCCUCCGAGGUCAUGGCCAACCUUGAUGGCCAGUGUGCUGGACCCACCACUAAUGUCGACACGCAAGAUGGCGGCCGCCACUCCCGAGUCUGCACGCAAGAUGGCCGCCGCCACGCCCGAGUCUGCACGCAAGAUGGCCGCCGCCACGCCAGAGUCUGUUCGCAAGAUGGCCGCCACGCCAGAGUCUCCGGCCAAGAUGGCCUCCGUUCCUGAGCCCCCGGCCAAGAUGGCCUCCGUUCCUGAGCCCCCGGCCAAGAUGGCCUCCGUUCCUGAGCCCCCGGCCAAGAUGGCUGCCAAGACUGAGCCCCCUGCCAAGAUGGCUGCCGCACCCGAGCUCACUGACCCGCCAGCGCGCCCUCAAGCGACCGCUCACACAGAGCCUGCUCAUCCAGUGUCUCCGCUGGAGACGCCCAGCCCUCCAGAGUCUCCGCUGGGGUCGUCCAGCCGUCCAGAGCCCGCUCGCCCCGAGCGCCGUCCAGGGCCCUCUCCUCAAGUGCUUCCUUUAGAGCCCACGUCUCCUUUGGCACUUCCCGAGUCAAGUCAAGCGGCCGGGUCAAGUCAAGCGGCCGGGUCAAGUCAAGCGGCCGAGUCAAGUCUAACGGCCGAGUCAAGUCAAGACACAGCUCCACUUCCCGAGUCAAGUCAAGCGGCCGAGUCAAGUCACGAUACAGCUCCACUUCCUGAGUCGAGUCAAGCGGCUGAGUCAAGUCAAGCGGCCGAGCCAAGUCACAACACAGCUCCACUUCCUGAGUCGAGUCAAGUGGCUGUGUCGAGUCAAGCCACGGCUGCAGUUUCUGUGUCGAGUCAAGCCACGGCUGCAGUUUCUGUGUCGAGUCAAGCCACGGCUGCAGUUCCUGAGUCGAGUCAAGCCACGGCUGUAGUCCCAGCGUCGAGUCAAGCCACGGCUGUAGUUCCUGAGCCGAGUCAAGCCACGACUGUACUCUCUUCCACCGGAGAAGCCGUGCCCAUGCCCUCAGAGGUGUCAGCCCCGGCUGUAGAGCCUCCUAUGGGGGCGGCGUCAACCCAUAGACUCUCUGCUUCUCCCCUUCCUCUGUUCACCUCCUCUAUCCCUGCUUUCCCCAGGUCCCAGGCCGUGACGCAGUUGCUCGCGCUGCCCUGGAAGGCCCCAGCGCGCCCUCCAGAGUCUGCGCGCCCUCCAGAGUCUGCGCGCCCU